CGAGCGCCGUGUUGGCCUGGAUGUGUCUUGUAAGCUCAGUGCCCCGUGACUCGCAAUCGUAGGCGGACGUAUAAGCAUUGCUCUACCUGGUUACUUGGAGAUAUAUAACGAGAAGGUGAGGGAUCUUUUGAAGCCGUCCUCGAGCACGAGCGGAUUGAGAGUUCGCGAGCAUCCUCGACUCGGCCCUUAUGUUCAAGGACUGACCCAUCACGCGGUUCGCACGCUGGGGUCGUUGAUGUCCUAUGUGGACGAGGGAACGAAAGCCCGGAAGACAGCAUCGACGUUGCAAAAUCCUAGUAGUAGUCGCAGCCACGCUCUGUUGACGAUCGCCGUUGCAGAGGAAUCGCAGUGUGUCGGUAACAGCGUCUGUUCGAGGAAGAAAGAGAUCUCGCCACGCGGUGGUAGCAAAUUACGGUUGGUCGAUCUGGCGGGCAGCGAGAGCGCGGCCACGUGCAGCGGUGUACAUCGACUGAAAGAGGGCGCGAAUAUAAACAAGAGUCUAGUGGCUCUAGGGAACGUAAUAUCAGCCCUUGCGGAGAGAGGCACGACCGGAAGUGGUUCGGGCAGGAGGUUCAUCCCUUAUAGAGAUUCUUCGCUUACUUGGCUGUUGAAGGACGCACUUGGCGGAAAUGCCACUACCAUUAUGCUCGCCACGAUCUCGCCAGCAAGCGGAAGUUACAACGAGACCGCGCACACGCUGCGAUUCGCGCAGAGAGCGCAAAGCGUGGUCAAUCGACCGGUGGUCAACGAGGAUCCCGUGGCGAGAAUCAUCCGCGAGUUGAGAGCUGAGGUGGCCCGAUUAAAGUCUUUAUUGUUAGAAAAGAACGCAGAAGCAGCUACGAACGCGUUGUGUUGUUGCCAGAAGAAUCGACCAAACUGCAAUACGAAUACAGAUCGAUCAUCAAAAGAAGCCGAGGCAGAGUCAACUGAACGAUCCACCCGGCGAAAUUCGGGAGAAAAAUCCCAAGAGGAGGAAGCAAUAGUAGCUGGAUCGAGGAUAGAAGAAGAAAAAAGACCGAAGAGCGUCGUUUCAGUUCGAAGAUCCAAUUCCAGCGACAGCGUUACCACGUACGAGGUCGGUUCGUCCAAAAAGAAAUUCGGUUCGCUAGAAUUUUUGGCGACGAGCGAUCGCUUCAACCGAGCAAAGGUGACAGAGUUGAACGACGAAGAAGACGAAGUGAGCGAGAUCCACGAGUCCGUGUUCGUCGACAUCCCCACAUUGGUUGCGGUUUUGAUCAAGCCGGAUAACAAUCUGCAAGAAUCCUCGGUUCAGAUCGAGGAGAUUUGUUCGGACGAGGUUGUGGAAGAAGAAUCGAUCGAUGUGGAUUUCGAGGCGGCUAACGACGAUCACGAAGCGUUCGGCGAGUUUGAGAAACUGGACAGUAUCGAUCACGAUGAUAGAAGCAGCUCUGUGAACUCGUGUCACACUUUUGGGGACAUCGAAGCGGAGGCUUAUCAAAAUUCUGAAAGUCAUCAAGUAAAAUCAGCUUCCAAACCUAAGCAAAAGCCGAAAUUUCGUAAGCAAGACUCGGUGCACGUGUUUCCAACUUCUGUUCUUUCCAAUCUACACACGUUGAAGAAAUUUGGUUCGGUGGAGACGAUCCAGAAGAAUAGAGAUCCUGUAUUCUCGUUGGAAAGAUCUCAUACAAAUUUAGAGAAACGUUGUACGGUUUCUGAUAGAGUGAAGAAGUUAAACAAUAUCCGGGAGAUCGAUGAUCAGAAGAUAUCGAAUAGAGGUAACUGGUCCAAAGAACAGCUUCAACGAAAAGGUAGCAACGAUUCGGAUAAGAGUCUAAAAGAAUCCAACAACCAACCUGGAUCGAAGAUAAAAAACUACGCGAGGAAGCCUAGUUUGGAGAACCUGAAGAGAAAGACUAGCAAGGAUAGCAGUUCGAGUAGUUCGAAAGACGAACAGAUUCUGAUUUCGAGUCUGACUCGAGAUAAACUAUUGCGUAGAAAAAAUUCGUUGGACCAAGAGCCUUCCACCAGGAGCCACACGCCUAUUCAAAGAGUCAAACGCGCUGAAAUCGUGGCGGCAGUUACGGAGAGACUGUACUCGAGUAGAAAAAACGUGGAGGAUGUUCCAGGGAUGCGGUCUCCUCCAGACACAGGCGAGGUAAAGUCUGUGGCCAAGUUGAGGCUGCAGGAGAUCUCGAGGAAGAUGCUGGGUAAACGUAGACGAGUCUGCGUGGACACUCAGACGGACUGCUCGAGGACUAUUCGCAUGAAGGACACUGCGUCUCUUACAGAAACGCCACGGAUAGUCUGUCAGGAUGUUGCAGUUCUAACAGAUUAUCACCAAGACUGCGAAUACGUUUUGGGUCAAAAGACACCUGUUUUGAGAGUGAAAGAGACUGCUACUUCGACGGAGAAACCUAAGACGAACAUUGUCAGAUGUAAAGACGUGGGAAGUUUGGCGAACGAUCUCGAAGAAUACGAUUACGAAAUUCAGUCUCCGCGCAAUGACUCUGGAAUUCUUUCGGACGACACUCAAAAUUACGCGGAGAGCAAUUUAAGUAGCACAGAGGUGUCUGAUCUAUGUCAAGAAGCUGACAGAAGAGUGGCAUACGCAGAAAGUUCGACGAAUACGAGUAUGUUCUCUUCUUGUCGUAGCUUUGCGGUACAGACACCGCGAUCGGAAGUCUUUGGUCAAUCAUUACCGCAGAACAAAGCUCCUGCUUGCUCAAGACGAUGUUGCAACUCCAUCAAAGAUUCUCAAAGUCAUUCAUCGAUUAAUAAUUCUGAGAAAAGUGUAAUUUCUAUUUCACUACCGGAUACCAUCAACAUUACCAUCGAAACCAUAAAUACCGUAGAUUCUAGGAUCGCUGUGCCGGACAACGAGGCAUCGCAACAAAAUGCGAAACGUUCUACAAAGGACGAGGAAGCUCAAACCAACGAAUGGAACGAUCUUCGUAACGAGAUCUUCUGUUCGAAGGAUCAGACCACAUCGACGCCUAGCCAAACUGAUAGCAGGGUAUUUCGAAUCGAGAACAUCUUUCAGGACCCUAACAACGCGGCCAAGUAUUCGAGAACUGAUCCGAAUCGAAUGCAGGGGACGAGGAUAAGGAAUUCCAUUACUUUCAGGAAUUCCCUAGGGACAUCGUACGUGCCCCAGUCGAAGAAGCACGAGCCCUCUCCGAGAGAAGUUCACGCUGAAGGAUUUAUCAGGGAUGGAUUAAUCACGGAGGCGUUUAUCAACCGGAAGCGCAGUUUUAAUUUGGAAAGAACACCUAGUUCGGCCGUUUACCAGGAUCCUUGGAGGAACUGGCAAGUUCCUGUGUCAUUGGUUAACACGAUCCAUCCGAUAGAUUCUUCGAAGGGUUUGGGAGUUAUCCCAUCUUCUUGGCAACCGGAAGUCAGCGAAAUUCCGCUGGUCGAACAAAGUUUGUCGCAUAGAAACUACGUUGAGGAAUCACAGGUGGAUUUUGAGAUGGAUAAUAUCGAAGAGAUCUCGAAGAUGAAGUCUUCUUCUUCUAAUAUUAAAUUAAAUAAUAAUAUGGAUCAUGAAUAUGGGUUCUCAGAUGAUAGUUUGGACUAUAACGACAGUAACGUAUGUAGCGAGUCGAUGAUACUAAAAAACGAACAGAUGGUUGAACAGCGUGAGAAUUUUUGUCCACCUGACGUAGUAGCGCAUACUAAGAAAGAUUGUUCAAAAUCUAUCGAAGAGAAGAACGAAUCUAUUAACGAUUUCGAAGACAAUCAAGUGGAAUUCCCUAAGAAGAAUCUUACAGAGACAACAGAAGCUAUUAAUAUACACGAUUACAAAUUUUUGAUCUUGGGUAGGCCUUGUUAUAACUACGAAGAAACCAAUGACGAAUCUAAUAUUUACUUGAAUCAUGCGAAAAGUUCGGGGAAGAAGAAAGUAUCCUUCUCCAACUCCAACGUCCUCGAAAAGAAGUUAACUUGUGAACCAUCAGGAACCUUGAAGUCUAUCAUUAAAAAGAGGAUGAAGAAAAACAUGUCCGAAAUUCUAAACUCGGUACAUUCUUCCAACGAUGAAACUGACGAUUCUCAGCAAGAGGAAAGGAUCAAUUUAACCUUGGAAAGCGAACGGAAAGGUGAGUCUGCGAGUUCAGAAGAAGACAAAAAAGAUCAGGAUUCGGUGAAAUUCGAGCGAAAUUCGAAGCAGAAUCGCAAGAAGGUCAAGUUCUCCGUGGAAGAAUCAUCGGAGAACACGUGCAGUGAGUCGGACAGCUACGAGAAUGUAGAGGAGGAGGAGGAGGAGGAGGAGGAGGAGGAGGAGGAGGAGGACGAUGACGACGACGACAACGACGAGACAGAAAAGAUCCUGCUCGAUCGUGCGGGUAGGAACGUUCUCGAAGAGUAUCUGAGCGAGGCGGUGACCUUCAUGCGAAAUCUGAACUCUAUCAGCGAGUACGUGAACGGGACGAGCAUGCUCGAAAGAAAUCCCUUGUCAUGGACAUCUGUGGGUUGUGGGCGAGGUGGACAACGAGGUGGUCGUCGACGGGGCUGUCUCUCCUCCUGGAAUCGUGAUUACUCAGAAUUCGUAGGUCGUAAGGUCAAUCCAAAGAACGACGAUGACUAUCUAAGAGAGGACGAUGAUACAAUGAUGUGCACGGAUUCUUACGAGAGGUGUAUGAAGGGCAUCCAGAGGUUGGAGGACUGCAUUCGGAGAGUCGACGAGCACAACGAGCUGCUUAGGAAAAAAUAUGGCAUUAAUUGCGAAUCUGCUGGCGCUAGACUGGAUCUAGCGAGUCCUAGCACAGAGCCUCGCGCGUCGAAGACGAACGAUGACUUCGAGAUUCUUCGUGAAACGGAAAGUCCUUUGGGAAGGAGUCCCAGUGUUGUAGAGCAGAAAGAAGAAGACGAUUUGGAGAAGAAAAUCUUUAAUCAGUUGAUGAAUGUCGCCAAUUCCAUCCGUUACGGAAAUUCUAAUAAACUUCAAUCUCGUUUACUCGCUUCAUCCGAAUCUAACUCGAAGAGUCCUAGCUGUGGCUCGAAAUUUCGUGAGAAAUAUCGUUACGCUAUGAAAGAACCAUUCUGCGGGGAUGUUAAAGGAAAUUUCAGUUUGGAAGAGACUUCGGACGAUCGCAAAGAUCUCACCACGUACGAAAUAACAGGGAAUCUAUCCGUUGAAAAGACUUGUUCCGCCGAACAGAAGAACGAUGACUUGGACUCUAUUAUGGAAGAAGAUUUCUUACCUCUGAGAAGAUUUAAUCGUUCCUCUUGGUCAACUGAUUUAGAUCGUCCAACAUUUAGAACAGAUAGACAGGACGACUCGAGCAAGUACAGUUUUCUUUCGAAAUACAAAGUAAACGAUUCAAGGACCUCUGAUACCACUGAUUCUUUGGGGAAAAUGUACAAUAUAAGGGGAAGCUUCCCCAAGCAACGAGUGUUGACCGACAGCGCGCGGAAAAGAUUUCAAGAAACGGACGAUUAUUCGCGAAGAACCAGGGACGGAUGUUGCAGGGUGUGCGCGUGUUCGAAAGAUCACUCGGAUAUCGAGAGUACGCCCGGCGAAAUCAUGCAUCUCAGGGAUAAAUUGAAAUAUCCCGGAAGUCCCAGGGCAAGAUUUCUGGAGCUUCUUCGGGAGAGGCGACGAAUAGUCGAGUGCAGCCGUGGCACGAGUGCCUCUUGAACGUGCCUUCCCUAGUCGUCCCUUUUCAACUGUAAAAUGUAUUUUUCUAUUGUAACGCGUCGUCACAAUGUCGACGACGACGUCCUCUUUGUAAAUAAUAGAUUUCAGAACCUUUUGUAACGUUUGUCACCGCACCCACGACGAAAUUUAACUUAUUUAUCUUCUGAGUAUUCUAUUAAGAUCGUGUAAUUCGCCCCUGUUCGUAAUAUUAAAUUACUUUCUUUAUGAUUCUUCUUCUCUUCUCCUGUGGUAAGCCAAAGAUUAAGACGGUGAUUCAUACGUGCAUGACAGGCUCAUAUGUAUGAAAAUCAUAGUGGCAUAAAUCAAGAUUUUGAGAAUUUUAAUUUAAUUUCUCCAGUGAUUCGUUCUUAUAAUUCGAAAAGAUAAAAUAAAUUUUUUAUAACGAUAAUCCUAGAUAAUUACGUAGUGAACUGAUUUACAGCCAUUAUGAUCCUACGCUUUCUAUAUGUGGCAGAGUUCACGAAUUUUGGUUAAGAUGGGGUGUUAAGGAAUAAUCUCUCUGGAAACGUUCCCUUUAGCUUCUAGCAUAAUUCGAGGGUAUUACGAAAUACUGAUGCGAUUAAAUGCUGAUACGUGUGGAACUCGAAAUUAGGGGAUAAUUACUCUGAAACUCGUGAACUUUGCGAUAAUCGAACAAAGUUUUCGAAUGAAUCCAUUAUUUUAUCUUAAUAUCCUUCGUUUUUUCUUUUUCCACGUUGAAUCACAGAACAACAAUAUUUUUAUUUUCGUUUCACCGAUCAAUCUGGCAGAAAUCGACGCGCGUUCGUCAACGUUUUAACGACGAUUUCGCGGUCCAGAAGGUUCGCGACACGAGCUGUGAGUGAAUUACAGCUGACACAAACCGUGUUUCGCGCUUUGUUUGGUCAAAGAGCUGACGCACGUGUCGCCUUGAUCCCAAGGAACAUGGAAGCGGAUAUCGAUGGCAUAAUCGCGACAGUAAUGAUCACGCUUUUCCAUCGAGAUUUUCCAUCGAAAAAUACCAGCAUCGACGACAAAUUUUGCAUUUUUUCUUCGAUAUUGUUACAAGAUUGACGCACGGCACGAUUUUCGCUGGCGAAGCUACAAUAGGCGGGAAAAGAAAACGUAAACUUAUAAGAAUCGACGAGGAUAGAAUUUUGAUGCAGUUACACCGGGGCCGUGCCUUUUUGUCGAAUAUCCUCUCGUGUAUGUUCGCAAACAGGCAUCGUUACGCUUGCAUCAGCACUGUAGAGAAAUACGACGCACCAAACGCGGAACACGUGCCAAUUUUCACUCUUUUUCUUGUUCGGCGCUUCUGUAUAUACCGUUUCAGACAGGGCAAAGAGGCAGGAAAGGCAAUAUUAACUAGGGAUGAAAAGGGGUAAUUUGUUCGUGGAUCGUUUGAACGAUCAUUGCUAUACAUAUUCUACUCUUCAUGAUGUAAUUCAGCAAUUCUGAAUUAAGAUAUUAACCCUCGUUGAGCGAGCGUUGAACAACUGUCGUGAUAUUUUAUCAAAUACGAUGAACUUGUUCUAAAGUAUUCUCCAGCGGAAGCGAAUUUCAUAUUCAUUAGGAAUUCCUUGGAACUUUUAUAAGGCGAAUGGUAUUAGAACUCUGAAAAUAAUACAUUUAAAUGAUGUGGAGUCGAACUACAAAUUUACCGAUGUGAGAAUGUAACACGAUACACGCGAGUUAUAUACCCACCACCGGUAGGUACAAUUAUUAGUGCAGAUAAGGGAAAUUAGGUUAGUAUAUCAAUUCUAGUAACAGUUUGAGUGCAUGUCGCAAAGAGGUGGUGACUCUGUUAUCUGAGCUCUUCUAGGUCGCUAGAAUUUCAAUAUCCAACCACCGUUUUGCAAACGGUGUCGCAUUCUAGCGAUCCAAAGUUAUUAGGCUGACGUGAUCAUCGUGAAACGAAAGAGGCUUCGUUAUUGCAGUGGUAACUCGAAAAGACUUUGCUCCGCUUACUAAUGUUUGUAAACUGAAAUUAUCGCGUAAAAGGUUUCACGAUUAGACAAUAGAUAGCGACGUGUCAGUGAGCGCAGCCGAGUUCGUUUCAACACGUGACGAGAUUCGAGAGAAGCAAUAAGGCUGCCGUCUGUAAGAAUCGUCUAUGACAAACAUCAUUAUAUAUAUAGCCAAAUUCCAUUUGUUUCGCAUAAUCACUUAAUUCGUUACCUUUGACAA